CGCCCCUCGCCCCGCAGCUGCUGCUAAUCCUGGCUGCGGGCGCGAAGUUGUGGGCAAAGUACUGGGAACUGGUCGCGCUGUUGCGGUGCCGGAGAGCCGGCCGGGACCAGCGGACCUCGGCGCCUGGAGGCCAGUGCGCCGCGCGAGCGCCGACCCCUUCGUCCGUCCGGCACCAGCGGUCCGCGCCCGCGUAGCCGGCUCAGAACUGUCUGUUGUGCUCUCUGCCGGGCGGGAGAAGCCGGCGGCGCCUCCUUCCCCGGCUGCGCAAACCCCGGAGCCGGCGCCGGGACCCGGCCUGCGUCCCUGCGUUACCUGGCGAGGCGCGCAGGGAUUUCCUUUCAGUAAUCCAAAAUGUUUUUCAAUAUAUUGGAUAAGAGCUGAACUACAAGCCUGUGUGGGACCCCAUAUCCUCUGCUCCACUGCCUUCGGAUGGCAUUUGACUCCCUCAAGGCCAAGUGACCAGCUGCUCAUGAUGAGUGAUGAGAAGAACCUCAGUGUGUCCCAAAAAUUGGUCUCACCUUCAAGGAGCACAAGUAGCUGUUCCUCCAAGCAGGGAAGUCGACAGGACAGCUGGGAAGUGGUAGAAGGACUGAGGGGGGACAUGACUUACACCCAGGAGCCUCCUGUUCAGAAAGGAUUUUUGCUGAAAAAGCGGAAAUGGCCCUUAAAAGGCUGGCACAAGAGAUUCUUCUACCUGGACAAAGGAAUCUUGAAAUAUGCCAAGAGCCAAGCCGAUAUAGAGAGAGAGAAGCUGCAUGGCUGCAUUGAUGUGGGGCUGUCAGUGAUGUCUGUAAAGAAGUCGUGCAAGUGCAUCGACCUUGACACCGAGGAGCACAUCUACCAUCUGAAGGUGAAGUCAGAAGAAGUUUUUGAUGAGUGGGUAGCCAAACUCCGGCACCACAGAAUGUUUCGUCAGAAUGAAAUCGCCAUGUUUCCACGAGAAGUGAAUCACUUUUAUCCAGGGUCUACCAUCACAGAUGCUGCACCGGGGGCAUUUGACUCCAUUUCCGGGAGGAAGCGUAGCAGUAUAUCAAAGCAGAACUCAUUUCAAACUGGAAGCAAUUUAUCAUUUUCUUGUGGUGGUGAGGCGAGAGUUCCAUUAUGGCUACAGUCUUCGGAGGACAUGGAAAAAUGUUCAAAAGACCUGACACAGUGCCAUGCCUAUCUGGUGGAGAUGAGUCAGCUCCUGCAAAGCAUGGACGUCCUGCAUCGAACAUACUCAGCGCCAGCAAUCAAUGCCAUACAGGGUGGAGCUUUUGAAAGUCCCAAAAAGGAAAAAAGAUUGCACAGGAGGUGGCGGUCCAGAGCUAUUGGGAAAGAUACUAAAGGAACACUGCAGGUCCCUAAACCUUUCUCUGGCCCUGUAAGACUACAUUCCUCCAAUCCUAAUUUGUCAACACUAGAUUUUGGAGAAGAGAAAAAUUAUUCUGAUGGCUCUGAAACCUCAUCAGAAUUUUCUAAAAUGCAAGAAGACCUGUGUCAUAUUGCACAUAAAGUUUACUUCGCUUUAAGGUCAGCUUUUAAUGCCGUAUCGACGGAGAGAGAGAGACUGAAGCAGCUGAUGGAGCAGGACGCCUCCUCCUCCCCUUCUGCUCAGACCGUUGGUCUGAAGCACGCUCUGUCAUCCGCCAUAGCGCAAAACACAGAUCUUAAAGAACGCUUACGCAGAAUCCAUGCUGAAUCUCUGCUCCUCGACCCGCCUGCUGUUGCCAAGUUGGGUGACAAUCUGGCAGAGGAAAACUCCAGAGAUGAAAAUCGAGCUCUGGUCCAUCAGCUUUCCAAUGAAAGCAGGCUCUCUAUCACUGACUCCCUUUCGGAAUUUUUUGAUGCACAGGAAGUACUGUUGUCUCCAAGCUCUUCAGAAAAUGAGAUUUCUGAUGACGAUUCAUAUGUCAGUGACAUAAGUGAUAACCUUUCCUUAGACAAUCUUAGUAAUGAUUUAGAUAAUGAAAGACAAACCUUGGGGCCUCUUCUUGAGCGUGAUGGGCGAGUGAGGUCCAAGAGAAGGACGUGCCUGCCCGCACCGGGUCCCAACACCAGCAACAUCAGCCUGUGGAACAUCCUUCGCAACAACAUCGGGAAGGAUCUGUCCAAGGUGGCCAUGCCGGUGGAGUUGAACGAGCCCCUGAACAUGCUGCAGCGGCUCUGUGAGGAGCUGGAGUACAGCGAGCUCCUGGACAAGGCAGCACGGAUCCCUAACCCUCUGGAAAGGAUGGUGUAUGUGGCAGCCUUUGCCAUAUCCGCAUAUGCGUCCAGCUACUACCGAGCUGGGAGCAAGCCAUUUAAUCCAGUCCUUGGAGAAACGUACGAGUGUUUUCGAGAGGACAAGGGCUUCCAGUUUUUCGCAGAACAGGUCAGCCACCAUCCACCUAUCUCUGCGUGUCAUGCUGAGUCUGGAAAUUUUGUUUUCUGGCAAGAUGUGAGAUGGAAAAACAAAUUCUGGGGCAAAUCCAUGGAAAUUGUUCCAGUCGGCACAACCCAUGUGACUCUCCCAGCCUUUGGAGAUCACUUUGAGUGGAACAAGGUGACCUCUUGCAUCCACAACAUCUUAAGUGGGCAGAGGUGGAUUGAGCACUAUGGAGAGAUUGUCAUCAACAACCUGAAUGAUGAUUCCUGCCACUGCAAAGUGAACUUCAUAAAGGCAAAAUACUGGAGCCCUAAUGCCCACGAGAUCGAAGGCACAGUAUUCGACCGGAGUGGACAAGCAGUGCACCGGCUGUUUGGGAAGUGGCACGAGAGCAUCUACUGCAGUGGCAGCUCCUCUUCAUCCAUGUGCAUCUGGAGAGCAAAUCCCAUGCCAAAAGGCUAUGAGCAAUUUUAUGGCUUCACACAGUUUGCAUUAGAGUUGAAUGAAAUGGACCCCUUGUCAAAGUCUUUAUUACCACCUACUGACACUCGAUUUAGACCAGAUCAAAGGUUUCUAGAAGAAGGAAACAUAGAAGAAGCCGAAAUACAAAAGCAAAUGAUUGAACAGCAGCAGAGAGAAAGGCGGCGGAUCUUAGAAGAAAAUAACAUGGAACAUCAGCCACGGUUUUUCAGGAAAUCCAGUGAUGACUCUUGGGUGAGCAAUGGCACCUAUUUAGAACUUAGAAAAGAUUUUGGUUUUUCCAAAUUGAACCAUCCUGUCUUGUGGUGAAAAGCAAAGAAGAAGAAAGAUAUAUUCUCGUACUUUUCCCAUGUUUGCUUCUGGAAGCAGUGCCACCUGUGUCUGUAUGUGUAAAAGGUGUUAUCCAGAAUAAUCCCUUGUGCUUAGCUAGCAUUGUAAGUAUUGAAGUAUAUAUUUUCUUCAGUGGGUUUCUUUACAAUUCCAAACGUUAUCAUGAUUAUUUAUAUGGAUGUGGAACACCUUGAUAUUUCUUUUUAUAUAUAAACUGUUUAAUAAAAAUGAAAGAUUGAAUGUUAAUAUGUGGAUUAAAAAGGAAGCUUUAACACUAAUUUCCCAAAGGUUAGGGAAAAUUCAAAUUAAAUUUAUGCCUUAUAAAAUUACGUUGGAGGAAAAAAAUCAACCUCUCCCAGGUGCAUUAAGAAAUAAGACCCAGAGUUACUCACCCAUGCAUAAGCUACCAAGUUUAAUUUGGUAGCUGAGAUAUCUUUUUGCCUCAGACAGCUCUUGAAUUGCUCGUACAGAACAAUUCCGCUGGUGCUGGAGUCUGAAGAUUUCCAUUUGCAUUUUAGUGAUUAAGGGGAUGGCAGAAGAUAGUGGAAUGCAUGUUUUUAUAUAAGAUGGACACUGCACCUUCUACAAGGGGAAGCAUUUGCGCUUGUCCCUCCCUGUAGUUCUGUUCCCUUAUGUAAAAUUGUACCCUCUGGUUGUCAUCAACCAGAGAAAUCUGCACUAAUUUAAUGUCCUAAUGGCAUCCCCAAGAGAUGGUAGGAAAUUUUUCCUUAGUGAAAGCUAAAUCCUUGACAAAUGAAGAAAUUGUUUCCCUCUUCCCACCCACUCCACCCCUAGCUUGUGACCCCUCCUGUUUGGCCAUAUAGCUGUGGAAUAUGCAGUGUCCCAGGUUUCUAUAAAACAUACAAUGUAUUCCACACAAUAGUUGGACUUUCUAAAAGUUUAGCAAAAUAACUGAUUACGGCCAGGGAUUUAGCUCAGUGGUUCCGGCACCUGCCUUGCAAGGGCAAGGACUCGAGUUCGAUCCCCGGUACCAAAAAAAAAAAAACAAAAAAACAAAAAAACCUGAUUAUUUUAAAUAACUCAAUAUGUUUUUCUUAAAUACUGUUCUGGUAUUUUCUACCUCUUAGUAAGCACCGCAUUUUCGAUCUUGUAUAAAAAGAAUGACCAUCUGCCUUAUAGACAACUGUAGAGUUGAUGUGCUUCUUUUGUGUUGUCUUCUGAUAAAGCUUUAAGUGUCUUACCCCUUUCCUACACUUUCUUCUCAUUUAUGUAACUGUGAGUUCUGCAGCAGUCUCAAUAGAUUAUACUACUGAAAGGGGAAACUUUUCAAAGUGUGUUAUUUCAAAUUACAGUAAUAUAAUUUGUGCAGUAGUAGAAUUGUAUUCUCAAAGCAAUUCUAGCUUCUGCCCAGAUUACAUUAAAACCAAAGCCUAAUUGUGCAGCUUUUUACUCAAAAACCCAUGAAAAUAUCAGGUGUGUGAUGUGGUAAAGAAAUUUCUCCUAGAAACAUGUUUAGAUAGUUAAAGAAUUUCAUCGAUGUAGAAUGCUAUGAAUGAAGGAAUAAAACAACAGAAAAAGGAUGCCUGGUUUGGGGAUUUAGCUUAGUGGUGCCACCACCUGCCUCGCAAGCGCAAGAUCCUGAGCUCGAUCCCCGGUACCGCAAAAAAAAAAAAGGAUGCCUGAUAUUUUAGUGUCACACCAAAUAACCAGUUGGACAGCACUACAUGUUUAAAUGGACAGUUAUUUAGAGUGGAUUAGUAUCCUUUUAGAGUCUGCAAGUGACUGACAUUUUAAAACAACUCAUUAAAUAUUAGACGCAUUUAUUACAUUUUAUGGAGACACCAAAAUAAACACAAUGUGGGUAGCACUUCGAUUUCUAAGCAGUUGAAUGAUACAAUUCAAUUCUUUGGUGUGUGCUUUCUUUUCUUUUCAAGCAUUUAUCCAGAUUCGGCUCACAGACAUAAAGAAGCACGCUGUAAAUUUAAGCAUACUUGGGGAAAACAUACCUCAUUUUCACAAUGUGAGAAUAAAUGUAGAAAUUUUAGUAAUAUUGGCUGUUAAAUAGGCCAGCUCCAGAGGCUGACUCAAAGAAGAAAAAGACAACAAAAACAAAAUGUACAGCCUGAAUGGAAGUAGCUUUAUCACACAGUAUUUAGAAAUUCUUUAAUUGUUCUAAUACUGUUAUUUUAAUUAAUUUUAUGCUUUCUUUUGGAAUCACAAAAACAACAGGACCAAAUAUCACUUUUGUAGUCAUCUAAUUUGAAUUUGGGGUGGAAAUGAGUGAAAUUAGGUACAGAACUAUACUCAAAUUUUGAAACCACUAACCAGUACCUGUAUCUUUACAAAGGGCUUUUCUAAUGCAUUCCAUUAUUUGAAUCUUUAAACUACCUUGAGGAGAAAAUGGCUUUUUUCUUUCAGUCCUUUCUCUCAAAAGUUCCUUUCAACCAGAUUUAUAUGUCAAGAGCUUUUAUAUUUUUAAGAUAAAGAAAACAGAAAGUUGACAUUGUUUGGGAAGAAUUGAGGUAGAAUUUAGUUUUCUGGACUCUGAAUCUCUCUAUUAAAUAAUGCCAAUCACCACACCAUUGUAUAUACAUGUUUUAACCUCUAUUUUAAUCCUAAUUAUUCCAUCCUAAAUUUAUGGUAAAUCACAUAUUCUUGGAAAUGGGACCUUGUACAGGCACCCAUAGUGCAUAUUGGAUAUUCUUGUUGCCACUGUUGACUACCCCGAAUUACAGGAGUGAAUGUCUGGCUUCUGCAGUCUUGCAUGGGACCAAAUGGGUUCCUUUCCCAGACCCCAGGGCACCCUAAGGCAGGUGUUUCCCUAGUCACAGAAAAUAAUAAAUGCUUCAGUGCAGCUUCUACCUGCAGUUCACCUCCCAAAAGCUAGGUGGGUUGUGGCACUAACUAAACAGGUGGGGCUCCCUUUAGGAUACCAGCACAGUUAUCUACCAAGUACCCAGAAUGUCCCAGCAUGGCCCCUCACACACACACACCUUUAUUUGCUUCAUGGAGGACUCUCCAAAGGCAAAAAAUAUACAAACUGAUUUUUUCAAAAUGUUUACUUCAUUUGGGCUGCUGCUUUUCUCAUAUCCUACUUUUAAUUAUUUCUGGUAAGUCAAUUUCUUGGGCUUAGGGCACUGUCCUUCAUUUGUACUAUCCAGAUUUAAUAAGUAAUCUUGUUCUACUACUAAAGAUGUCAAGCCUAAAAAAAAAAACAAUAAAGUGUUUAUUCAGCUGUUGGGCUUUGGUGUAGGUCUACUACAUGUAUUACAUAUUAUAUUAUGGCUUCCAGCUAUUGUAGAAUUUUCUCAGACCUUUCAGUUACGAGUAGGAGCAAUAAGAAAUUGUUCUUAUUAUUUUAAGAAUAAUAGCUACAGUGUUUUGGUAUAAUUUAUUUGAAUGUCUUUAAUUUUGAUAUUAACAUCUAUUUUUGCUAGCAGAUGACAGCUAUCUUCAUGUGCUUUACUUCUGCAUUGCAUUAAUCUGUUACUGUUAGUCUUUUUCUGUGUUGGAAAUCUAUAUCACAUCAGUAUCUGAAAAUCAUGACAGUCUGAACUGCAAAAUAUUUUUGCAGACUUGGUUUUGGGUAAUGCAGCAAUCAGAAGUGAUUCAUUUAUUUUAUUCAUGAUGAUUUUUAUCUUCUGUUACCCUCAGAGGAUACUUUUUAAAAAAGAAUAUUUGUAAAUCUUUUGUUUAACUGUUUGUAAAAUUAUUUUCUGUCUAAAUCCCACCAUUUGUCCCAAGGUCCUGUGGCUUCCCAAACACUCCUGUUAAUUUGUUUAACUCCCUUAUGUAGCUACUGAUAAUUCACUAUGAAUAAAUAACAUGGAAAAAGA